AUCUUGCUUUUCGAGAAACGCAAUCUUGCGGCAUUUCUGUCACAAGUGCCAGACAGGACACCCCUACACUCCCUUAGUCUCCCUGGUGCUAUGGCUUUCUACGGUUGGCCUGUCAGCCAGUGUCAGUCUACUGAUACCCCUUUGCUUGUUCAACUUGUCUCUGGCAUCCGAAUGCUUGAUAUUCGUCUCUCUUUGAUCAAAGGGAAACUCUUAUCCUACCACAGCACAUAUCCUCAGCGCACGCCCUUCCUGAAGAUUCUAUCUGACCUGCAUGCGUUCCUCACAUCGCCCAUAUCAUCCCGCGAAACACUCGUUGUGUCGAUCAAACAGGAAAACUAUGCGGACGUCGGUGCAAUCGAAUUCUCUAUGGCAGUGAGGAGAGAUAUCCUUCAAGGUCCAGGCGGUUUGGAUAUGUGGUUUCUCGAAAACCGUAUUCCGAGGCUGGGGGAGGUCAGAGGACGAGCGAUUAUGUUUAGCCGGUUUGGCGCGGACGGGACAGGUUGGGAUCGCGGGUUAGAAGGCAUGGGAAUUCACCCGACGCGUUGGCCCGAUAGCGCGAAAGAGGGUUUUACCUGGGAGCUGAAGGGGACCCUAGUGAGGACGCAUGAUUGGUACCACAUCCCUUCUUUCCUGUCGAUACCCGAAAAGGUCGAUCUUUCAACAAGCAUGCUGAUGCCUUCUGCAAACAAUAUAUCCACUCCCGUACUGUCCAUAACUUACUUCUCCGCCUCGUCCUUCCCGUUCGCCACUCCGACUGUCGUGUCCACGGGCUUCGGAUGGCCACGCUUCGGGUUCGGCGUCGAAGGCGUGAACAGCAGAGUGGCGCGGAGGCUGCUAGAUGCGCUCAGCGAGACUGUCGACAGGAGGGCGGACUUAGGCGAGGGGCCGAGGAUCAGAGCGUGGACGCUGAUGGAUUUCUUUCUGGAGCCGGGCGAUGCUGGUGUAGUUCCGCUGUUAGUGGAAUGCAACUUUAGGGGGCGUGCGGGAGAGAGAUUUUGA